AUAUACACCCUUCUUUCGUUAAAUUUAUUGUACUUUCUACCUGUUUACAUGUUGAUUUAGACAUUACUACAUCUACAGAACCUGAUUGAAUCCUUCCGUAUCCCAAAUUUACACCAGCAAAGAACUCAUUCAUAAACAGUAUUGAUGUCUAACAACGACAAUUCAAAUCCAAAGUCAAUUAUGCAUCCAGAAACCCCGCGUGCUUCCAGAAAUGGAGCUAUGUCCAAUCUGAACCGAACAUCAACCCCCACAUUCACUUUUGGGCUCAGUUUCCUGCCUUCAUUCAGCUUCAACUCACCAGUUUCAGUCAUAUCUCCCAGCAAAAUGAUUAAUAUUUCCAAUAAUCUCAAUAGAGCAUUUACCAAGCGUCAAUUUGAUUCAACCAAAGAAACUCCCAAUACCAAAACAAGAAAUCGAUUCUUGGACUCGCUUACAAAAGCCAAAUCACAACUGCCUCUUGGGAUCAAGUUGGAAAAUGAACAUAUGGACAUGAGUAGCCAAUCGGGUGAUGAACUAUGGACUACUCUUGAUCACAAUGAAUCUCAUGCAAAUAUCACAGACAUGACAACAAUCACUAAUGACAAUGAAAGUAAAUCCACCAACCACACUCAAAACUUCCUAACUCCACAGAAGCUCAUUAUACCUAAUGAUAAAACUAUCAAGAAGGAAAUUACUUCAAGUAAUUUAAAACCAUCAUUACUCUCCAGCAAGGAACUCGAAACAAAUCGCUCAGACUUGGAGUUAUCUCUGCCUGAAGUUUCUAUAACACGUGUCAAUAAGCGAAGGAAACUUGAAACUUAUAUUGGCGAUUCUCCAAACAAUUCCGUUGCCUCACAGAUUGAAACAAUGGACUCACCAAUUAUCCAUAGAACACCGGUAAAUUCAGCAAGAAAAGAGGUAAUUAGCGCAGCCUCGGCUGUUUUGGCAUCAAACGUCCAAUCUGAAGACAAGGUAUGGUAUCCAGAAUUAGAUGACGUACUAAUCAAGUCCUUCCAAAAGUAUCGUGAGUUUAGAGAAAACCAAACUGGUUCUAAUUCUAGUACAGUAUUGAAAAGUACAUCCCAAAACAAAGUAUUGUCACGAAUGAUACUUAAUAAGACUGGUAUAUUAAGAACAUCAAAACAAAUCUCGUCACGCUUAUUCAGAUUGUCAAAGUCCAACAGAUUGGACAAGAGGAAGAAGGGAAAUGCAUCUUCAACUAAUUUAAGUACUUUAGAUGAAAUUGAAGAUCUUAUCCUGACUCCAUUGGAUCAAUUGAUGGCUUCUUCUAAAGAAAGCGGGGUUAUCAAUGAACAAGAGUUGAAUGCAUUAUUGUCCUCUUCUCCUCCGGAUGAUAACCUGGAAGAGAAUGUUUUAUACCUGUUAUCUUUAAAUGAAAUUAGUUUAUCUUACAAGAGUAAAUUCAAUCUGUUGGAAGAUCAUAUUUUUGCAAAAUUCAAUUCGACUUCAAGAAACAAGAAAUCCACCCAAACAAUCGAGUCUUUGCGAACCAGAUAUAAUUUAGACUUGAAAGUUCUUGGUAAACUUCAUGAACAAAAUCUUCCGGUAUGGCUCUUGGAACACGAUGUUAAUGUAACCAGUUGCCGACUGCAACUAUGCACAUCCACACCCAUGUCAGCGUCGUCAGAUAGUCAUGUGCAGCAUCCUAUGAAUCUAAUGAAUGGCCUGUUCGAGUCCCUUAUGAAAGUUAGUGCCUCGAGUUCUGAAUCUAAUAAAUCAUUCUUAAGUUGGAACAUUUGCAGCAACGUUUACAAGGGAAAUUCAGGUGAUUGCAAAUUAUUGGAAGCCGCAGAUAUAAUUAAUGGAUACUAUGACGAAUCAACAAAGUCAUACUUAUUGCAAAUUCCAUUUAUGCGAAGCUUUCUUUCCGGUUAUAUCAGUUACCUUGUUAAUGGUGCUUCCAUGAUUACUCCCGAGGACGACAAUUUGACGAUAAUCCAAAUGAUAUACAGUCAUCAUGGACAAAAUUCAGGCAAAUUUGACCCUGAAAAUUCAACCAUUAGAGGAUAUAUUAUCCACCAAUUAGAGAUGGGAAGUGCCGAUACCAAAUCUGUUUUAACUGAAAUUAGUCUUUCGGAUGAAAUCGACAUGUCUGAGAGUUUGAACAAUUCUAGCCAGACUCAAAUCCAAGCGGAAGAUGAUAAUGAAACUGUGUUUGUGGGGUCUUCGCCAUUGAAAGGUUCGUCACCUAGUACUUCACAAGAUUUUGAAACUCCACAAAGACCAUUACAUAUUGAUAUCAACCGAGCUAAUAUUGAUUCUGUUAUAAACCCAGGUCCUAAAUCCGCUCCGAUAAUCUACACCAUGCCCACAUUCAGAAAAGAUUUAUUGGUUCAAGGAGCACCACAGGGCCACAAUCUUCAGCAAAAUUUAGCUGCUAUCAAUGAGAAUCCAAAUCAACCACAGAUGUUGCACUCGGUUUCAAUGCAGAAUAUUCCUCAAUACAAGAACCAGGACAUGCCAAUAAUGCCUACAAAUUUUAACCAAGGAGUGACUUCUUAUUCAGCAUCGAACACACCAUACAUGAAUGCACAACCUACUUUUGGAAACCAAAGUACGACAGCGAUUUCACAAUGGGAUUCCGAUCGUUAUAUAUCUCAAGAGCUGUAUUCCAGACCAAACUCAAAUGGUCCGCAAGAUGCAUAUUUGCUCAAACAAGGACAAUUUAACAUGCCACCAUCCCAGGCUUCAAAUCAAUUUCUUCUGCAAAAUAUGCAACCUAUGCAACAGACGCAUAUUUCCAACGGAUUUAAUCAGUUUCCCGAACAGUAUGAUUUUGGUGUGAACCAAGGAUUAGGCCCCCCAAACCCCCAGCAAAUGACACAAAUUCCAAACAGCUACCUCAAUAACAAUGGGUCAAGCCGGUUCAAUAUGGGUGUAAACAAGUCAUUUGGAGUUCAUACAAAUAGCAACAGCGUGCACGUUGAUCGUCACCUGCAUCCGAACAAAGAAAACGUCAAACCAAUAGAAAUCAAGUUUGGUCCUAUUCUAGAGUAUGAUCCUUCCAAAGAUGCCAAAAAAAUCCAACAAUCCCAGAGAGUGUCAAAGCAACCCAUUGGAACAAGUACAUUUUCUAUAAACACUCCUGUUAGCAUCUACAAACCAAACAAGCAGUAGACUUUAGCUUCUUGUAUAUUCCACAAACAUUUCUGUGUAUUAGCAUAUUUCUUUUUAGUUCUUCUUUUUCGAUCAAUAUAAGGUGUUUUAUAUAAG